UAUGGUAUUUUUCCGCGCUGCACUCUUCACGUACAGACGUGAGUCCAGGGGCACAGCCAUAUGAUUCUAUAACGGCGUGGUUCUCCUUAAACGCAGUCUCCCGAAUUUCUUUAAGACUGUGCCUACAUAAUGGCUAAAAUGAAAAGUUACGAUGCAUGUGGCAAACGCAGUUUCUUUUGUGUUGUUUAGGACAUAAGCCUUGCCUGUGUUUUGCUGCAUUCUGCGCGUGCAUACCUAUCCAAAAUAUUUAUUUAUCCACGUGAAUUGGAACAUUUAUGAGCCUUUCAUGGAAAGUAAGAUUGUCCGACCAGCUUUGACGUUUCUUCCGCCAUGACGUCGUUUUGAAACCCAGUGCCGAUUCUACCACAUUUUCUGAGGAAAGUUGCCUCGCGCAAGGCAAUGCCGACCACUCGCUCUGUGUGGGCAGCCCUGCCUCCGAUCGGCGCCACGUGACAGCCCGUGACGCACCGCGCACGGCAGGAGCCCAGCGGAAAGCACGAGAAGGAUGAAAACCAUGUGAUCAGGUUUCUCAGAUACAAGCUUCGCAGAUAGGCACGCCCUUCGUUCCUUGGCGCCGGCGAUGACUGAGCGUGCGGGAACAUUUCUUUCCGGUUCCUGUCAAGCUUUCUUAUCCUAUGUUUUUUUUAAAUGCACGACCUUUGAUUCGCAAGAAAUAUUGCUUGCCACUAUGUGAUUCCAUUCCUUUGAAAAUAAGAAGUGCCGCCCAGUGAAUGCGUUUUUACAGGAAGGUUUAUAUUUUCGAGGUGGUAAUGAAAGCUGUGCUUCGCCGCCGGAAAAAAAAAUGUGCUGCUCCGCCUACGGCGAGUCAGUCGUGUCCUUCGCCGGGACCGGUUCGCAACGUGCGAUGGCGCCUGUGCGAGUGGCGUUGCUUCUGUUUUGUCUGGGACCCGCGUCGGCGGCUUCUUGCCAGGAUACGGACUACCUAGGGACAUGCACUUCCAACUGCGGCAGCUACAAGUUCUUUGUGUGCAGCAACGUUCACAGGGUGAGCGAUUAUUAUCACUAUGUUCAGCAGGCACUGCACUACCCGAAUCUUUGGCUCGUCCUCAAAGACAGUCAUUUGGACUACUACCCGGCGGGAUCGUUUACCGAUGGCAACUUAACCGUAAUUGAGUUCCGAAACGCCCGGGUGAACAGCUUCACGCAGUUUGACACGGGACCGAACCCGUUCCUUGGCGCCGAGCAGACUGUGAAAACUGUUGUAUUUCGUGAGGAGAGUAGCCUGCCGGGCAGCUGGGCACUCUUUAGCAGGCUUGCCAAGUUGACCAAGGUUGAAUUCCGGGACAUGGCGCAUCUAGAGCUAACCAGCGACUUCAACCUGCUGCCAGCGAGUGUGGAGAAAGUAUACAUAUACAACUCCAGCAUCGGCUACGUGCACCCUCGAUGGCUCUCCCAGCUGAAUGCUCUCAGAGUGGUCAUCAUACGCGACACCAAUCUGAAGCAGUUCGUCCGGUCCAUGCUGCCUCGACCAGCGCCGUUGCUCAAGGAACUGGAUCUUGAAAGGAACGCCCUGACUGGUCUUCCAGUGGAUAUUGGUGAGGAGGUGCCCGUGCUCGAGUUUCUCAAUGUAGGACGCAACAAAAUUACCACCUUGGACGAGCGAAGUCUGGCUCCCCUGAGACGAAACGGAACCUACGUGUACCUUUUUGACUGCCUGCUGUCCACCUGGAGUACCUGCUGCCCGCCUAGACUGCCUGCUGCAUUCCUGGACUGCCUGCGGCCUGUCCGGACUUCCUAUGCUGAACUGAAAGCCUGGACUGCCUGAUGCCCGCCUGAACCAUCUGCUGCUUGCCUGAACCACCUGCUGCCCGCCUGAACUGCCUGCUAGGACUGUCUGCUGCCCGCCUAGACUGCCUGGUUCCUGCCAGGAAUGUCUGCUGCAUGCUUGAACUACCUCCUGGCUAUCUGGACUACCUGCUAGCUGCCUGCUGCUCAGCUGCUACCUGCUGCCGGCCUGCUGGCUGCCUGGUACCCGCCUGGACUGCCUGCUGCCCAUCUAGACUGCCUGCCUGGACUGCCUGAUGCCGGCUUGGACUACGCCUGCUGCCCACCUGGACAGCCUGCUUGGACUGCCUGCUGCUCGCCUAGGUCACCUGCUUCCUGGACGGCCUCCUGCCUUCGUGGACUUCCUGCUGGCUGCCUACCUGCCUGGACUAAAGACUUGACUUGCUCCUAAACAAAGCUGCUACACUUAUAGUCGGAGAUCAUUCAGAUUAUCCAAUCAUAUGCUACACCAACAGUUUCCUAGUGUACCUUGUUCUCUUACUGUUGAAUGCCAGUAACUCCUGACUUGCCUUUUCUGCCAAUCCUGUAUCACAACUAUGUCACUUACACAGCAGCAUAAAAACCAGCUCAAAAGAUAUUUUGGCGAAAAAGAUAAAAUUGCUUGCCUGUAAAUCACUUCGGCAGUCAGAACUGGGAAACGCAUCGACCAUCUGGAGCCCACAUUGAACAUAUCAAAACUGACUUGACGCUGUUCAGAACCGUGCUACUAGGUUCACUCAAUAUUCAUAUGAAGUCGGUAUUUCUGUACUGAAAGCCAAAUCGGGAUGAACACAUCUAAUUGCCGACGCAUUGCUAGUUUCGUACUCUAUCAGGUUUUCUCAGCACUCAUCAUGUGCCUUACAUCAUUCCCGGGAAAACACGGGGAAGGCGGGAGAUGGAAAUUCAAGACGAUGAGCGAAACGAGAACAAGGUGAAAGCAGGAGCCUUUAAAGUCAAUGUUUCGACAAGUGGACAUUUCUUCAAGGCGACAUAUGCUUUCCUCGCCACAAUAUAUAUAGGUGGGGUUCUUCGAAAGAGGAGAGGGCCUAAGGCGGGUGGGUGCGGCAACGAGUGAAGGUGUGUUAGCGUGUCGAAUUGAGAAUAAAGGAGUGCUGUGCGCAAGGCCAGGGACACCGCCGUCUCUCAAUCACGUGUCAACGCCCGUGUGUCAGCCGGCGUGUCCACAGCGUGCACAGCAGCCCUCUAUUACCUGUUUUACCGAUGCUCAUAAAAGAAGGAAAAUACUGAAAUGUUAUAAAUAAAUUAAGGGAGGAAAAAGGAGAGAAAGAGGAAAAAAGAAAAAAAGAAAAGGAAAACGCUAAGAAACCAAACUAAGUCUUGUGGCCUAUAGCUUGAAAUUUAGCACAGCGAAUACAUUCUAAAGCUCCCUUUACAAUGUUUAUGCCUAUUGCUCGCAAUGUCUUGAACUUAUACGGAUAAAGUACGAUUCUCUGAAUUUUUUUUUCCCCAUUCAGAGCGGACAUCGGAGUGUAAGAUGCAGAGUUUAAAUCCGUCAAGGUUAUGACCUGGUUGGUUGAAACGCUUUGCGACAGCUUUGGGCAGCUUUUUAGUUGUGUCCGCGCGAUGUCCGUUUAAUCUGACGUUCAUUGAUUGUCCUGUUUCACCGAUAUAUGGUUUCUUACAGAAGAAACAUUCAAGCAUAUAAAUAACAUCCGAACUUGCACAAGAAAAACUAUAUUUGACUUCAUGUGUAUAACUAUUUGCAGUGCUUUUAAUUUGAAUGUCACUUUGAAGGUGUCUGCAAGGUUUGCGCCUGGGGCGACAACAUGCUUUUAUUACGGGGGAAUCCUUCUGGCUGACUUUUGCGUGCACUAACAUGUCUUUAAUGUUCCUGUUGCGACGAUAGGUAAACCUAGGUACAUGUGGGGACGCUUUUCUCAGACGCUCGUUAUUCAAAAGCGCUUUUUGUUGGGCUAGUUGGUAGCUGUUUACUAUAAAAUAUGAGUACAUCAAAUAAACGGACACACAAGACAACAUGACAGGGCGCCACUCGCAACUGCUUUAUUCACAGAACGCAGGCACAUAUACACCUACAGUCAACGCAUGCGCAGAAACUUACAUUCACGCAUCUAAUCAAACAUUCUGGUUGAAGCCUAUCACAUAGGCAAGAAAGGCAGCUUCUGCGUUAGCGAAACUUCGUUAUCAUUAUUUAUCAUUAUAUAAGGCCUAGGUUUCUUGAGCGUUGUGUAUGAUGACUGUUUCAUUAAAUGCGUGCUUGUAAGUUUGCUCUGAGCGUAUGCGUUGUCUGACGGUACACAUGUGUCUGCAUUCUGUGAAUAAAGCAGUUGCGAGUGGCACCUUGUCCCAUUCUCUUCUCUUGUGUGUCCGUUUAUUUGGCGUCUUUUAUUUUAUAAUGAACAGCUCGUUACUUGACAAUAUUGGGUGGUACUUUCGUAGGAUGUUUAUGUUUGGGAGUGCAUUAAAACAUUUUGUUAUAAAGGCCGGCGGUCUGUCAGAUUCCGGUGUAGGCUGUUCCUUCGCCAAUUCCGACUGUCUCUCCAAUCUUGACGCGACAUCAUAAGCUCUAUCGAGAGCAACUUGGGGAUAGCUCCUUUCUGCUGGAGUUGUUUUAAGGUCAUACUGGUUGUGGAUAUAAUCGUUGUCUUCACUGCAGAUUCUUAUUCGUUUCGCUUGUCCAACAAAAAUUCCUUGCUUGCAGUGUCGCGGGUGCUGACUGUUGUAGUCUAAAUAUUGCUGGCUAUCCGUAGGUUUCCGGCAAAGCGUCGUUCUCAGUUUUCCGUUUUCUACGUAGACCGUCGUGUCCAGGAACUUGAUCUGACUAGGAGAGUGGUGAGCAGUAAAUUCAAUGCUCGGGUGAAAGCGAUUGAAAUGUCUAAUUAAGUCGGUUAACGCGCUUGUGCCGUGUUCCCAUAUUAUAAAUAUUUCGUCAAUGUAACGAAGAUAUGUGUGGAGUUUUAGUUGGUAGGAUUUCAACAGGUCUGCUUCAAGCUGUCCCAUGAAAAUGUUCGCAUACGUGGGAGCGAAUGGUGUUCCCAUGCUAGUGCUGAAAGUUUGCAGGUAGCGAAUAGAAUCGAAUUCGAAAUAGUUGAGCGUGAGAACUAACCUAAGGAUCGACAGGUAAACUUCUGGAGCGUGCGCUUGGGAAUUGAUUGCAAGGGAUUUAGAAACGGCUUCAAUUCCUUCACUCAUAGGUAUGUUAGUGUAAAGGACAGAAACAACCAAAGUGACUAGAACAGCGCGGUCGGAAAGGAUUUAGUUGCCGUUGAUGCCGCCGAUAAUUCGAAGGAAGUGCAGCGGGUCUUGAACAAAAAUGGGGGGGAGGGGGAUGUUUGGCAGCUGGUGAUUUAAGAAUUCAGAUAGCGACUCAGUAAGUAUGUUGUUAUUAGACACAAUAGGCCGACCUGGGAUUUCUGCUGUAAAUAUUUCUUCGACCGGAACAUUAUGUAUUUUAGGAAGAAGAUAAAAGCGGGCUGCUUUUUUGUUCUCGGGCAUCAGGAAGCGAUAUUCAGAUUGCGUGAUUAGUUCCCUGUACAGAAGCUCCGCUGUUGUGUGUUUCACAGUAUUGUUGUAAUCUGAAGUUGGGUUAGAGUCGAGUUUUCUGUAAUGGGUGUGGUUGCUCAGUUGUUUGGUGGCCUCAUUCUGGUACUAUUCUAUAGGCGAGAUUACGAUACUGCCGCCUUUGUGUGCUGGCUUUAUUGCAAUAUCAUUCCUUUUCGCAAGUUCUUUAAGGAUUUGGUAUUGAGCGGGCACAAAUUUUUUGCGUUUCUGGCAAUGCCGCGCUGAUAAAAAUUUCCUUUGAUAUCAGCUUUACGUAUAAAUCCAGGUCUGGGCACUGUUCGGUUUCCGUUGUCUAUGUGCUAGGUGGGCUAAGAGAGCCUCUAGCUUCCUUCCCUACGUCUGGCCUAUCGAAAAAGAACUCCUUGAUGCGCAUGCGACUUGAAAACUCUGUUAUAUUUUUGUGGAGUUCGUAUUCGUUUACUGCGUUGUUCGUCGCACAUAACGUCAGACCACGUUUCAUGAGAUAACUACCUCGGGGCUCAGACUCUCGGAUAUGUCUACUACAUUGCUGCAGUGCUCUGGAUGCUCGCCUGUAGGACUAUCGGGGGAGCUACGUGCUGCAGGGGUUACAUAAGUUUUUUUGGGUGGAUCUGCAGCUCUAGUAUCCUUGUGCUCGUAUUUCGUAAUUUUUCCUUACUAGUUUGGACGAAUUGUUCAAACAAGGGAGGAAAAGUUCUCUUCGGUUGAGAUAAAUUUAUGCUGUCGAGUUCAUCAGCAAUUAUAAGUUGGUCCUUGCAGAGUUCUGUCCUAGAAAAUCCAUCGCUCUCUCUUAUUGAUAUUCUCGAAGCACUCCACUUCAAUAACAGCCAGGAGUUUAAAGAACCGAGGGCACAUCUAACCUUAAUUCUGCGACCUUUUGGGAUUUUCUUGUUUAAUGCAGCUAGUGUAAGGUUUUAGGUGAAAUCUGUCAUUUGUUUGUUUGGCGGCGAGUUUGAGGGAUUGGAGGAAAGGGCAAGAUUUGUUGUUGCCUGUGCUAUCCCUAGUGCGUGGUAGUCGCUUCUGUUUGGUUCGGGCAGACCUCCGGCCCAAACAUCUUCAGGUGGCGUCUUUUUACGCUUUUCUUGUGCAGGCCUGCACCUAUGUCUGUCUGUGUAUCUGUCUGUGUAUCGGUCUGCUUAUUAGUGUAGCUGUUUGUGUGAAGGCUUCGAGGCUGGUUGUGGACUUCCGUAUGAGCGGGUGUUGUAAGGGUGGUGUUGGUUCCACGUCCACCGUCUGUAUAGAUGCUUCUUGGGUUCUAACUUUGGUGGAAUGCGCGUGCGAGCUGCUGUUUAAAAUUUCAGGCGCGUGUUUCUGUGUUGAAGCUAACUGGGAUGCAGGAUUUAUUGGUGUUGUUGGUUGCAUCGAUUUAAGAGUUCCUGAGUCUAUACUUGAUGUUGUUAGCCAUUGCCUUGAGGCAAUGGCUAACAUCAACAACAAUGCCUAACAGAAUGUCCAGAAGAAAAUCAUUGACCUUACAUGUCCCUAGUGCGUGGGCUAGGAGUGUCUCCGAUUGUUGAGUAAGUGGCCUGUGUUUGGUUACGAUACUGGUAAGUACUGUUGUCAGGGUGAUUUCUGCGUUUGGUCUGUUGGGUGUGCAAAUCAUGUAUGAGCGUUUUCAUGGCCUUAACUGUGUUGUCAACGGUGUCGGGGUUAAGGUAAUUUGUCUCGCAGUGAAUGACGGAAUGUGUGAUGUGCUGUGGUGCUGCGGCAAUGAGGUCUCGGAUGGUGUGUUGAGGCGCCGCUCUUAAAGCUAGUGUGUUGAGUGUUGGCCUGGUUGAAAGUGUUCGUGCAUGUACUUGUAGUGUCUGUCUAAUUAGUGUUCCGUGUGACAAGGAAAGCAGAGGGCGCUCACCUUGUUCCUUCAUCUUCCGUCGGUAGAAAUCCAGGGACAACACAGUGAACGCGGGAGAUGGAAAUUCAAGACGAUGAGCGAAACGAGAACAAGGUGAAAGCAGGAGCUCCAGCUUUCACCUUGUUCUCCUUUCGCUCAUCGCCUUACAUCAUUCCUGCAGCACACAUCUCUCAAACAUGAGCAGCAAGACACAUGGCCGCACAGCUCAUCCCUCCCCCCUCAUUCAUUCAUUCGACCUGCCAAAUACUGGAAUGGCCUCACUGCGGACACUGUUGCCAUAACUUGUCCAUCCUUGUUCGAACAGCGUUACUGAUCCCUCUGGAUAUAGCUAAUCAUGUGUACAUGAUGUGGAACACAUGUGAAACACGCCCCUUAUGUAAUACCCCCUCCCUUUAACGGCAGUAAACUGAACUGCAUAAAGUUGCAACAUACCUUGCUUCCGUUGGUGAUAUGCAUUGUCACUGCGUUUCAAGUGCGUAUAAUUAACCAACAGUAUAUUGUUCAAGUCAAUUAAAAUGAUUGUGCCAAGAUGCUGAUAAUGUGUGCUAAAA